GGACGGAGGUGUGGAGCAGGGAGAGCCUUCCUUCCUGACCGUCCGUCGCACGGGGUGGGGUUCGCCGUGGAGCUCCGUCUCCGUGCGCCGCCACGCCCCCGCGCUUGGCGCUGUCCGGAGCUGUGGUGCUGAACGCUGGAUGCGAGCACAGCAAAGCCAGCACAGCAGCGCCUGCAGCGCAGCCGUGCCGCAUGGAGCCAACACACCGAUCCGCCAGGAUGAGAACGCUUAAAGUUCACAGGGCUCUCGUGGAAGGAUCACACUGUGGAUAACUAUGAAGGAAAUGCUUUUUAGAUGUUUUUCUUUUCAUUUUGUAUAAUUUUCCGUCAACCCUCCCGCUGAGACUCUUUUUUUUGGAGGUGCGUAACUUGUCACCAACAUGAUUUGGGCUCUUCUGUUAUGCUGCCUUCUAAUGCCAGCUGCUGGAUACCCAACACAAGGGCGACUGCCCUUCUUUCACGGGCAUGUUUUUGAGAACUCGCCAGCAGCUUCCAAAGUGAACGGACUGAGCGUUCCGAUGAAGCGCAUCAACGCGCAAAAAUGGUGUCCGGUCUCCGGGAUGCACUUCAAACUGUACGGAAACGGCAGCGAAGAUUUCCGCGUCUUCGCUCACCACAAGCGGGGAAAUAUACUACUGAAAACUUCCAAGGUUCUCGACAGGGAGGCUCGCUCAGAAUACCUGCUGAGCAUAGGUUUGUGUUGCCAGACGUGCGCGUCGGAACCCGUCGCCUUCGAGGUUGGGUCGGUAAAAGUGGAUGUGUUGGACACCAACGACCACGCACCGACCUUUCUCAGCGCCGACAGCGUGCACAUAAGUUUAGACGACACCACUGCUCUCCGCAGGGUCGUUUACAGGCUAAAAGCUGUGGAUGGAGACAGUGGAAAGAACGCAGAGUUCACGUUCGUCUCCAUCCCCAAAAAUGGCAGCUUCUAUGUUGUCCCGAAAACAGGUGAAGUUUUGCUUGUGGACUCCAUCCUGGGGCUCAACCGUACGGUGAGGUUCUCCGUGUAUGCCAGGGAUCACGGAUGGCCGGCUCUGAGCAGCAGGGCUGUGCUGGUCAGCGUGUCUCCGCAGAGAUACAUGCGUCCUGCUGGAUUAGUUUGGCCAGCCAGGGCGGGCCGGCUGCCCAGGGCGCUGCUUGACCCCGGCAACCUGCUCUCCCUCAACGUUUCUGAGGAUGCCAGCAUCGGCUCCAUCAUCACGAGCCUGAAUCCCAGCAGGUUUCAGUCAGCUGCCUACGAGCUGGUUUACCCGGAGCCAGAGAGCUCCCCGGUGGCCGUGAGCCGCGACGGUGGAGAUGUCACUAUCGUUCGGAAGCUGGAUAGGGAGACGGAACCUUUUGUGGAGCUCACUGUUAAGAUUCAAGAUAAACGAGGCCCUGACUGGUACCUGAACAAGGUGAAGCUGAAAAUCAUUGAUGUUAACGACAACAAUCCUGAGUGGAAUAUGACGCCGUACCCUUACUUGGCUGUUGUGCCUCCUGAUGCCCCUGUGGGAACAUUUGUUUACCAGCUCCAGGCCCAUGAUGGGGACGAAGGCCAAAGUGGAGAAGUGGAAUAUUUCUUAUCUGAUGGUGGUGACGGCUGCUUUGCCGUGGACAAGACGACAGGCCAGGUGGUGACCACGGGGCUGGUGCUGCAGAGGGAGAGAGAGUACUUGUUAAGCGUGGUGGCCCUUGAUGGCAAAGGGAGCCACAGCGUACCUGCCAUGCUCUCUGUUGUGGCAGGGGCCAGGGCGCCACAGUUCACCAACACCAGCUACGCCAUCUCCAUACCAGAGAACACGCCCGAGGGACAGCCCUUCCUCGUUGUGUUGGCCAUCUCCUUCCAAAAGCAGAAAAUAAGCUACAGCCUGCUGAUCAAUCCCAGCAGCCUUUUCAGCAUUCAACAGGAGACGGGAGAGAUCAGUUUGACCAGGACGCUUGAUUACGAGAGUGACCAGCGACGCUACCUUCUGAUGGUGCGAGCCACGGAGGAACCUGGCAGCCUCAGCACUGCCACAGAGGUUCAAGUGUUGAUAACGGAUGAAAAUGAUUGUGUCCCCGAGUUCCUGCAGUCCAUCUACAGUGUCGAUGGAGUCCCUGAGACUGUAACCACGGCAACGUCUCUGCUGCAGGUUUUAGCCACCGACUGUGACUCAGGGUUAAAUGCUGAGCUCACUUAUUAUACCCUGAGCCCAGAUUUCAGCAUUUCACCCCACGGGACUGUUUUCCCUGCAAGGCGGCUCGACUACGAGAGGCCCAACCAUCUGUAUGAAUUUGUGGUGAUGGCAGUGGACAGUGGGGACGAGCCUCAUUCUGGCACUGCCACGGUCCGGGUGAGGAUGGCCAACGUCAACGAUGAAGCUCCCGAAUUCUCCCAGUCUGUAUAUCGAACAUUUGUUUCCGAGGAUGCAGGCCCCAAUACUCUUGUUGCGACAGUCCUGGCCAAAGACCCAGAUGGUGACGGUAUAAUGUACUCCAUAACAGCAGGAAACGAGGAGGGAAACUUUGUCAUUGACAGCCAGAAAGGGUUGAUUCGUCUCCGCUCCACGCCUCUCCCGGAGCUUCAAGGACUGGAGUAUGUCCUGAAUGUAACGGCCACAGAUGACAAUGUAUCAGGCGGACCUCACCCUCUCUCCUCCACUGCCAGGGUCAUCGUUGGUGUCGAUGAUGUCAACAACAACAAACCUAUCUUUGAGGAGUGCCAGGCGUACCGUGAGCAGGCUUCAGUGCUAGAGAACCAGCCAACGGGGACUUUUGUGUUGCAAGUGCAUGCAGAGGAUGCAGACGAGGGAGCAAAUGGAAAAGUCAAAUAUGGCUUAAUGCACAGAGACAGCGCCAUGCCCGCCUUUAAAAUCCAUCCAGACACAGGAGUGAUCGUGACAGCCAGGCGCUUCGACAGGGAGCGGCAGAGAGAGUAUUCGAUUACAGUAACGGCCACUGAUUGGGCCGAGGAGCCGCUCAUCGGCAUUUGUCAGCUCACCAUCCAGAUAUUGGAUCAGAAUGAUAACAGCCCCAAGUUUGAGAAUUUGCGCUAUGAGUAUUUCCUGAGAGAAGACACUUUGGUUGGUACCAGUUUCCUGCGCGUGGCAGCUCACGACGAUGACUUCGGCACUAAUGCAGUCAUCACUUACUCCAUGUCGCCGGAGCAGCCGGAGUACCUGCAGGUCAACCCUGUCACCGGAUGGGUGUACGUAAACCAGCCCAUAUCUCAGAGGACGUAUAUCACGCGGAACAUCAUAGCAACUGAUGGAGGAAAUCGCAGCACUUCUGUGGAGCUGGCGGUCACCAUAACUAAUGUGAAGAACCAGCCCCCACGCUGGGAGAAAGACAGCUACAGUGUUGUUAUACCUGAGAACACUGCCAGGGACACCCCUAUAGUGACAGUCAAGGCGACCUCUCAGCUGGGUGAUCCGAGGGUGACUUACAACCUUGAAGAUGGGAUGGUCCCUGAAACUAACAUGCCAGUCCGUUUCUACCUGUCACCAAACCGGGAAGAUGGCUCUGCAUUCAUUCUGGUCUCUGAGCCGCUGGACUACGAGACCACACCCUUUUUCUCUCUGCAGGUCCGGGCCCAGAACGUGGCUGCAGUGCCUCUUGCUGCUUUCACAAGAGUUUAUGUCAACAUUACAGAUGUCAACGACAACGUGCCAUUUUUCACAUCUUCCAUCUACGAGGCCUCAGUAACAGAAGGAGCCCAGAUAGGGACCUCAGUCCUCCAAGUGUCGUCGCACGACAAAGACCUGGGUCUUAACGGAGAGAUCACUUACUCUCUGCUGAAUGACAGCAACGGUGACCACCAUUUGUUUCGCAUUGACCCAAAACAUGGGAUCAUCUUCACUGAAGCUGUAUUCGACCGCGAGGCCCGCAGCUCCUACUUACUGGAAGUCCAGUCAGAAGACGGCCAAGAGUCAGCACGACCUGGAAAAAACAAACAGCCAAACACAGACACCGCAUAUGUGAGGGUUUUCGUCAGCGACGUCAACGACAACAAGCCUGUCUUUGCUCAGCGCCUGUAUGAAGUUGGUGUUGACGAGAACGCAGACGUGGGCCUGGUUGUUGUCACUGUUAGUGCUAAUGAUGAGGAUGAAGGGGCCAAUGCAAAGCUCCGCUACCAGAUAACAUCUGGCAACAAAGGUGGUGUGUUCGACAUUGAGCCGGAAGUUGGGACGAUCUUUAUUGCACAGCCACUGGACUAUGAGAAGCAAAAGAGGUACAAGCUGCUGGUGCUCGCCUCAGAUGGGAAAUGGGAGGACUAUGCCGCCGUUGUAGUGACUGUGGUUAAUAAGAACGACGAGGCACCUGUGUUUUCCAUGAAUGAGUACUAUGGAUCCGUCACAGAGGAGCUCGAUGGGUCACCUGUGUUUGUCUUGCAGGUGACAGCCACUGACCCAGACAAAGAUGCGGACCAGGGUGCCAUACGCUACUCCAUUCAUGGCCAGGGGGCAGACUCCCAUUUUAUGAUCAACGACAUCACAGGGGAGAUGUACGCUCAGCGCACCAUGGACCGAGAAGAGCGUGCUGUCUGGCGCUUUGUUGUCAUGGCAACAGACGAAGAAGGCGAGGGACUCACUGGUUUUACGGAUGUUAUCAUCAACGUGUGGGACAUCAAUGACAAUUCCCCCACCUUUGUGUGUGCGCCUGAUAAUUGCAACACUAAUGUGGCAGAGAACUCCCCUGCUGGAACAUUUGUCGUAGAAAUGACAGCGGUUGAUCUUGACGACGCAGCUGUAGGCCAAAAUGCAAUCCUCACCUACAGGAUUACCGAGAAUGCACGUAACGCGGACCAUGCAGAUCUUUUCACUAUUGAUUCCAGCACUGGGACCAUUUCUGUGGCGGCAGAGGGUCUGGACCGAGAGGAAACUGACAGACACCACCUUGUAGUGGAGGCCAGGGAUGGUGGGGGUUUGACAGGUACGGCUAGUGUUACUAUUGUGGUAACGGACAUCAACGACCAUGUGCCAAAGUUUAGGGAGGACUUUUGUGGAGCUCGUGUACCAGAGAGCACACACGAGGAUGCCCCCCUUCUGGAGCUGAGCGCGGUGGACCCCGACGAUGGCAGAUAUGGACAGCUGUCAUUCAGUGUGGUAGCAGGAGACUCCGAGCAACGAUUCUACCUGGUUAGUCACAGACUGGAGCAGACGGGCACUCUGAGAAUGAAGAAAAAGCUGGACUUUGAGCUGCCUGGGGAGCAGCGAUUUAACCUCACCAUCAAGGUGGAAGACUCCGACUAUUCCAGCCUCAUCCACUGUCUGAUUCUGGUGGAGGAUGAAAAUGAUAAUGCCCCUGUGUUCACCCCGAGCACCCACCUGCUCUCCCCUGUGCCCGAGGAUGUAAAAGUAGGAACCAGUAUAAUACAGGUGGUGGCCUCUGACUCAGACUCAGGCCCCAAUGGGGAUGUUUUGUACAGCAUUCUCCAGCAAUCAGACCCAUACGAUCAUUUUACAGUCAGCCAUGCCGGUGUCAUUACUGUCGCAAAGCCGCUGGAUAGGGAGACGGUGGCAGGUUAUGAGCUGGUUGUCAUGGCGACGGAUCGUGGCACACCAACACUGACUGGCAGUGUCACAGUCCACUUGCCGUUACUAGAUGUGAAUGACAACGGGCCCGAGCUGGAGGUAGCCUACACCCCCGUGCUGUGGGAGAAUGGUCCGGUACCUCAAGUGGUCUGGUUCAACCGGAGCUCCACUCUGCUUCACGUUGUGGACAGAGACUCCCCAGAACAUGGGCCUCCUUUCUCUCUCUCUCUGCCCUCGGUGUAUUCUGCUGAUUUCCACCUACAGGACCAUGGAAAUGGCUCUGUCACGCUUACCACCCUACGAAGAUUCGAUAGGGAAAGGCAGAGCGAGUUCCACCUGCCGGUGAUAAUGAUUGACAGCGGCGUUCCGCCGAUAACGGCGACAAACACCCUCACCAUCACUAUUGGCGAUCAUAAUGAUAACACCCAUGAGGCAGGAGAGAAAGAUGUCUAUGUGCAAAGCCGCAAGGGAAGGAUGGUAAAUGCAGUACUAGGGAAGGUGUAUGCCCCAGAUCCAGAUGACUGGGACAACAAGACCUACACUCUGGAGACAAGCGCGGCCAAGUAUUUCAGCGUGAACCAGACCUCUGGAGUACUGGCCAUCCGACAGAGCACUCCAGCAGGCAGCUACUGGUUGAGGGUAGGGGUAUCUGAUGGCGUGUGGCCUGAUGUGAUCUCGGGAGUCAGGGUUCAUGUGAGGGAGCUGGAAGAAAAGGCCAUCCUGUCUUCUGCCUCGCUGCGCUUGACAGGCAUUACAGCGAGAGAGUUUAUCGACUCUAACGUCGAGGGGAAGAGACGUCUUGAGGCGUUCUGGGACUUCCUGUCUGAAACCCUGUCCGUCAGAACAGGAAGUGUCAACAUUUUCAGCAUCGCAGACCGAGAGGAGAAAACCGUGGACAUCCAUUUCUACGUCCUGAGUGAUAAUGGCUAUGUGCGCCCAGAAAAACUGCACAGUGUCCUCGCGAUACAUAAAAGGAAGCUGCAGUCACUCUUGCGUACGAAUGUGAGCCAGGUGCAAGUGGAUGAGUGCACACGCACCGACUGCAAAACAUCCAGUGGCUGCUACACGCAGUUAAGCAUCAGCGACUCGCCCACGCUGAUAGACUCUGGCGCUUUAUCCCUGGUCUCGGUGAAAGUGACCUCCUCAGCCGUGUGUGGCUGUGCGGCCAGAGAAAUGACCCAUCAGCCCUGCUCCUCCUACACCAGAAACCCUUGCCUUCAUGGAGGAAAAUGUGUCGAUACCCUGAAUGGAUACAGGUGCCUCUGCCCACCACAGCUUGAGGGGCCAGAUUGUCAGCAGACAAGACUUAGUUUCCUCGGAAACGGUUAUGCCUGGCUUCCUCCCAUAAGACCAUGCUUUGAUAGCCAUCUUUCACUGGAGUUUAUGACGGAGGAAGAUGACGGACUGCUGCUGUAUGCAGGCCCAGUGGCAACUCUUCUACCAGGGGAUAACGAGGACUACCUAGCAAUAGAGCUGAUUGGUGGAACACCGAGCCUUAAAAUCAACCACGGUUCCGGGACCCUGGUCCUCCAGUUAACAAAUAACAUCGGGGUGGCAGAUAGACGCUGGCAUCGCCUCGAUGUGAGGAGCAACAGUAAAGAAGUGCGCUUCACUCUGGAUCGAUGCUCCAGCGCUAUCAUCAUGGAGACAGAAGGUGUGGCGUCAUGGGCGAUGACGGAGGACCGCUCAUCUUGUGAAAUCCGAGGGGUCACACCCAACAGAAACAAGUACCUGAAUGGAAGCCAUGUGCUGCAGCUCGGCGGAGUCAAUGAGAACAUAUCAUAUGAAUAUCCACAGUUGCAGCACAAGCACUUUACGGGAUGUAUAAGGAACCUUCUUGUGGACAGCAAGCUGUAUGACCUUGGUUCCCCCGCUGAAUCGUUCGACACUUUGCCAGGCUGCAGUCUUAUUGAUGACCAUUGCACCAACUUGGAGCAACCCCCCUUCUGUGGCAAGAGGGGCCGCUGUCAGGGGGAGUGGGGCUCUUUCAGCUGCCUUUGUGAAAAAGGAUUUACAGGUCCUCAGUGUGAGCAAGUAGCCCCGGAGUAUUCCUUUGACGGCCGGAGCCACAUUCAGUUCCAGCUCCUGUGGUCCCUGCCCGCGCGACACACUGCAGUACAGUUUGGGCUCCGGACACGUGCUGCUGCCGGUGUUAUCCUCAGCUUGAUGUCCCAGGAACAGAGCGAAUACAUUCGUUUGGAGGUCACUCAGGGCUUGCUCGCUGUUUUCUACAACCUCGGAGACGGAGACUACAACGUCACCCUGCCCUACUAUCGCCUGGAUGAUGGGGAGUGGCAUGAGGUGGAGCUAGAUCGGUUCGGCAGAGAGUUCACCCUGAGACUGGAUGGAGGAGGGGGACUUCAAGAGGUCACGGCCUCCGUCGGCCGAAGUCAGGAGAUUAUUAUUGACCCCUCUGUGGUGAUGCUUGGAAACUCGUUUCCCUCAGGACACAACCGCAGCUUCCUCGGUUGUUUGCGAGAUGUGAGGUUUAACAGCCGCUCCAUCCCUUUGGAUCAGGAUCAGCCUUCAAGGGGGCUUCAGGUGGUCACUUCCCAGGGUGUCUCUGUCGGCUGCCCCUCAGAUGCCUGUAGGAAGCAUCACUGCUCCCCUCCCUUCGUCUGCGUGGACCUGUGGAGACACCACGAGUGCAGGUGUCCUCCAGGCCACAUGACCAAAGAGAGCUCCAUGGGCAGAGUUUGCAUCUACACGCUGUGCGCCAGCCGGCCGUGUCGCCACGGCACCUGCGUGGCUCACUCCCCGUCCCGCUACUCAUGCCACUGCAGCGAGGGCUACCGAGGUCGGCACUGCGAUGUGGCGCUAGCCGUAUUCCGCGAUGACGACGGCAACAGCCUCAGCCUCAGCUCCAUGUUCGCCAUCAGCAUCUGUGUCAUGGCUUUUCUAGUGUUGAUGCUGGGGCUGUUUCUUUAUUCCUGCUGGAGGAGACACAAGGGCCUCAAGGAGAGUGUGUACCACGUAUCUGCACACCACGGGGAGUGGGAAGACAUCCGAGAAAAUGUGCUCAACUACGACGAGGAAGGUGGAGGCGAGCAGGACCAGAAUGCUUUUAACAUGGUGGAGCUGCAGCGCUCCCUCCAGCCAAGCCCUGCACAAUCGCUCCGCUACAGCUAUCCACAAAGCAUCAUCUCCUACCCGCAGACUAAAAUUCCCCAGGACAACGACAAGAAGGGAAUGCCUAAUGGGAACGGCAGCGCGGCCAUCGCCCUGCGUCUAGCCAUCCCUCCCUCAGAAGCAGAAAACUUAUCAUCCCCUCUGACCUUCCGCCGCUCUCAGAGAGCCUUCUCCUUCUCCAGCCAAGACUUGGCCCGCUACCUGUGCGAGGUCAUCAGGGACAUGGAGCACCCAGAGGAGCUCGGCACCAUGACCACACCGCGCCGUCUUUCCGGGAAGGAGAAAAGCCUCGCGGCGGUACGCUCCCUCAGCUCCCUCAACGCAACUCAGGGUUCAGAAACGAGGCUUCAGGCCUCCCAGAGCAGCCGGAUGGACAGGUUCAAAACCCUCCGCGCCGUGGUGGGCGAUUUGAGAGGAGACUCCAAGAAUCCAGAGGGCCAGAAUAACAAACUUAAGGACAACAGAGGGCAGCUGAACUGUGAGAAGAGUGGCUGAGGAGGCACGCAGAGAGACAGAACUACAGGUUGCAGCAACACUAAUCAGAAUUCAGCAGGGGAGAUGCAAAAGGAGGUGAUUAAAUACGAAGCACCUGAAACACUAUGGUGGGAGGUUGCCCAGGCUGUAUGUGAAGUCGGCUAUAAAUGUACUGUACAGAUGAAACGUUGAACAUUUCUGUUCUUUGAUAUAAAAGAUGUUUACCAAGGAAUGAUCAAAUAUGAUGUAUUGUUUACUUGGCGUUGCACUGUACAGUAUUUACUUCACAGAGCACUUUUUGGAAGCGCCCGUGUCACAGCUACUCAUGUCAAAAAAGCUCAUUACAAUAACGUGUACGAGUAAGACUGCAAAUGAGUUCCCUGUGAGAUAACUGGAUUCUUUUUGCUGUUAAUGACUCAUGAAAUCAUUUAUGUGAUAAAAUGAAUUUGUUUCAGUUGUAUUCUCUAUUUCCUUUUAAAUAAAUGAGUAUGUUUGAUAAUAUUUCAAACUCUGACUUCUUCAAACAGAGGUUCGUAUUUGUGAUCUGUUUGCAUGCCAUCCUUGAAAUUCAAACAAGCCUCUAUCCUCAAAUG